GAGUUCUUCUGCCGGAAGUCCGCUCUAGCCCCAGGUACCCGAACUGCUGCGGGAGCCGAAGCUGCCAAGUAGCCGCGGGACCGGGGCCGCUGGGGUCCGGACGGGGGUCGCUAUGAUCCGCUUCAUCCUCAUCCAGAACCGGGCGGGCAAGACGCGCCUGGCCAAGUGGUACAUGCAGUUCGACGACGAUGAGAAGCAGAAGCUGAUCGAGGAGGUGCACGCCGUGGUCACCGUCCGAGACGCCAAACACACCAACUUCGUGGAGUUCCGGAACUUCAAGAUCAUCUACCGCCGCUACGCCGGCCUCUACUUCUGCAUCUGCGUGGACGUCAGUGACAACAACCUGGCCUACCUGGAGGCCAUCCACAACUUCGUGGAGGUCUUGAACGAGUAUUUCCACAACGUCUGCGAACUGGACCUGGUGUUUAACUUCUACAAGGUUUACACGGUCGUGGACGAGAUGUUCCUGGCCGGGGAGAUCCGCGAGACCAGCCAGACGAAGGUGCUGAAGCAGUUGCUGAUGCUGCAGUCCCUGGAGUGAGGGCGCGGCCCCACCCCGCCCCCUGCUCGCCCCCCCUUCCAGGCCGGGGCCACCCCGGCGCCCUCCCUCAGCGGCCCUGGAGGAGGGCCCCCCGCUGGGCCCGGGCCCCCUCCCCGCCCCCCCAGAGGAGACUGCACCCCACAGCCUCUGGGCCCAGCUGUGGGCGGAGGCCGCCUCGCGUGUCCCGAGUAACCGUGCUGUUGUGUGACGCUGUGAGUGCGCGUGUGGAGCCCCCAAUAAACCCGCGGUCCCGCCUGGCC